AUGGCUCAUAUUGUUAGCUGUAUGCUGGACUCCGACUCCGAGGAUUUCAGCCUUUACCUCAACAACUACAUAGCAAAGGAAGUCACUCCACAACCAUCCAAUGAAUCGUUAGGUCGAGCUUCGCCGUCAGGGGAUAAACCGUUUACUUGGAGGAUGUUUCACCCAGAAAAAAGAUAUCAGCAGUGCUCCAAGGACACGCAGUCGACAGUCUCUGGGAAGUCAGUUGACCCAGAGCAACUACCUGUCCUGAACAUGGGACCAAACAGCGACAUCGGUGAAAGGUCGAAUGCUGGAUUUGGUUGGAGGAUACAAGUGAAGGAGCAGAACCUUACUAGCAGACGGAAAGUGAGCGUGCCUGAACUUGGCCCAAUGACGACCGUCCAAGAGGCAGCCAUGGAUUCCCCCACCAUUCCCGGCCGUCCGGCUCUCCAUGAACGUUCAAUCAGUGCUCCAGGCCUUCCAUCAAGACCUAAUCAGGGUAAGGGGCUACUCAAGGAUCGAGUGCCCAUUGAGCGAUCGCAGCCUGAUGCCGCCCGCCAAUGUAUUAAUCGAAGCCAACGAGUUCAGAACGAGGCUAGACAGCCUUGGUCGCCCAGGAAUCUCACUCCUCUUGUGAUUCCGACGCUUAGCUCUGCCACCCAAAGACUCCACCAGAAGAUGUCGAGCAGCCGUCUCCGAGCAGGUACCGCGCCGGUAGACCCUACGAUUCGGGCGGCAAAAUUCGAGGGUUCUCCUAAAGCGCGGACGCCAUUCACGCCUCUUUCAGCUACUUCAAGCGCCCCGAGAUCUGCAGCAACAAGUGCCGGAACUGCUUCCACACUGCCAACGCCUAUAUCAGCAUCCACCGACGUCAGAUCUUCGCCGAUGCCAUGGGAUAAGGUUGACAACAAUGUGCCAAAAAGCUCCAUUGAAUGCACACGUGGGUUUCCAUUGGCCCUCGGGCCAGGCAUCGCUGAUAGCCCUCAGAGUGUCUCGAACAUCGGGCACAAGAGGAGUCAGUCGGAAACGGGAAGCAUUAUGGAACGGGGCCGACCACGGAAAAGGAGUGAGACAUGCGGGGCUACCGUCUUGAACAGGUCAUGCUCCAAAAGGAGUAAGAGCGCAGAACGGCGCGCAUUUGAACAAUUGCCAAAGGGGUGGAAGGCCAGCGAUGCGGUCAAAAUGCUCAAGCCUAACGAAACUGCUGCUCUACAGAAGCAGGCUCUUCAACAAGCUGCUAGGUUCGAGGUAUUGCGGAAGGAAGACGUCGAUAACCUCUCGAAGUACCUUCGAUCUCCUCGCACAGCCAAGUUCAGCCACGAGUCCAUGCUGAAGCAAGAAGAGGCUCUUGCAGAGCUCGACGCUUCAAUAGACGACUGGAUAACCAAGCUCGAUCAAGCCGAGAAUCGCCGAACUCGAGUUCGGCAGAAACUUCUUGAGCAUGUCGCCGCGGCCACCACACUCUCCAUGACCCCCGGAUCUGUGGCUGGCGUAAGCGAGACUCUGCAGUGCGCCAUGGGGAUCCGCUCCUUAGGCUCUGCUACGAAUGGCGCCGGUAAUAUCUCCACGCCUCCUCGCAGUCCAGCGAAGAUGUCCUUUUCCUCUCACAUCAUGUCCGCAUUUACACCAUCUUCGCCGCCGAGAGUGGCUGCUCAUGUUCCUUCGACCAUUAUGGAACAGCCAUUCUAUGAAGAGGAAGAUGUUGCGAGCGAAGAGCAAGGCGCCAGCUCUCGGCGUGCUGAAACCAUCAUGGUCUUUGCGGGCAGCGAUGUCUCUGCCCUCUUGGCUGACGUGGAAAAUGCGCUCACCCAUAUGGGUGGCGACGGUUUCCAUGCUGAUAGGGAAAAGCGGCAUACAGUCAAGGUCGAGGUAUAUUCUCCGGUUGCAAAGGAAUAUCCAGUAAAGGAGGAAGAGCCGGCAGUCACAAAUGAGACGCUCCCCCCCGCUCCGCCCCCCUCAGACAGCCGGCGGAAACACAUACACCGCACUAUGAGCAUCGAUAUGCUCAACGGGCUUCGUGGUAAGCCUUCACUCGCCGUCGAGACUGCGGAGAUGCCCAUACAGAGCUGCAAAGACGGCGCCAACAGCAACAACACAACAUGUCAGUCGGCUACCACAGCACGCGUUGUUAAUAGCGAGGAGAUCUUCCUCACUAAUGCUGUCUUCCGGCCGCCACCGAAGUAG